CUCUGGACAAGCGUGCUAGGCCCGCGCCACCAGGCGGGGAAUUCCGGUCAGGCUGUGCGCCAAGGAGGCGGAGGGCGGCGCCCGGCCCCGUGACCCCGCAGCGAGGCGCGCGAUUCCGCGCGGGCGCAUGGGCACUGCAGGGUUUCUCCGUGGAGCUCUGGCUGUCCUGGAACUCACUUUGGAACUCAGAUCCACCUGCUGCUGGGAUUAAAGGGCUGUGGAUGACAGCAUGGGGUGUCCUCAGUGCGGGCAUGUCUCCUCAGAGAAGGCAGCCAAGUUCUGUAGCCAGUGUGGACAGAAAUUGUCUCCUGCAGCCACCGAGCAAGAUCUCAAGAACAACAAUGCCUUGGUGGAGGCAUCAACCACGGAGGGAAAGACGGAGCCGGGUGAAGUGCUGAGAGAAGAGGUGGUCCUACUCUCCUCCACAGACUCCGGAAAGGAACUGCAAACGGAGCAGGGUGAAGUGCUGAGAGAAGAGGUGGUCCUACUCUCCUCCACAGACUCCGGAAAGGAACUGCAAAACCCAGAGGAGUCAGAGUCUGAUGCCUCCUGGACCACCCACGUGGAAGUGGACCCAGAGGUUUUUGUAGAUGCUGCAGAGGACACAGCUGGUGGUCCCGAAGGUGCUCAGUGCCCUCCUAGCAAGAGGAAGAAGGAGGAAACGGCCGGGUGUGAGGUCGUGGACACUGAGCAGAGUAAAAAGGAGAAGAGGAGGAGGAGGAGACAGGGCACCAUUUCUUCUUCAGAGGCGGCUUCCAUGUCCUCUGGCCUCUGGAGUCUGGACCUGCCUUCAGGCCCUGGCUCCCACAACUCAGCCUUGCCCCAGAACCAAGCCCAGCAGGGUGGUACAGCCAACCAACCUGGCCAUUCCCUGGACACAGUGAAGAUGCCAGUGGAGAAGGAUGGCUCUGCGUGUGUCGAGGGCAGCGGCAGCUCUCUGCGGGGUCCAGUUGCGGAAGGCCCAGAAGAUGCUCAGAGGAACCCUGCUGCCAGUGACUACGUAGAAGUCAAGGACCUCAAAACCUCUAACCCCUCAGUGGACAAGGGCCCUAAGAUGACUGAUGCUUCCCAGAAGGCCUCAUUACCUGAGUCUAAGGGGGAGCAACCUGGACAUGGGGAGAAAGUACCGCCAAUCGACACUGCAGCCAAUCCGGUGAAGAGAGCUAGGAAAGAAACAAGAGACGAUGUGCAGAAACAGAAACCAUCGCCUGUGAGCCUUGCCACCUCCAAGGACAGAGACCAGAAAGCUGAACUCGAGAGCAAGUUGGCCACCCCUGUUAGGAAAAGUGACGAAAGCAGGAACACCCAACCAGAAGAUCAGAAGAAGCCAGGAGGGGACAGAAAUUAUGCAGCAGCCGCGAAAAACAAAAACCAGCAGGCUGCUGCACUGGAGGCUACAAAGAGCACACAUGAUCCGGGGGACAGAGUCACGGUGUGCUUCCAUGCCAUCGUCUCCCGUGACUUUGGGUUCAAUCCGGACAAGCACAGAGCGUAUGUCAGAGGGGGAGAAGGGCUUGGGCAGAAAGGCUGGACUGAUGCUUGCGAGAUGUACUACACUCAAGACCUGCAUGACCUUGGAUCUCUCAUUGAGGGGAAAAUGGACAUUCCUAGACAGAGCCUGGACAAACCCAUCCCUUAUAAGUACGUCAUUCACCAUGGCAGCAGUAGCAAGGAUAGCGUGGAAUAUGAGUUCAUCUAUGAACAACCCCAGAAGAAAGGAGAACACGUGAACCGUUGUCUGCAGGUUGACUCUACCCUCUUGAGCAGUGGAGACUGGCAUCAGUACGAUGACAUAAUCUGGAUGAGAUCUCCUGGGUUGCUCCAGCAAGCCAAGAACUACAUCACUGAUGGCACAAGAAAGAACCUGGUGAGAGGGAAGAAGCAGGCUGCUGUGAUCAUGCUCGACCGCAUCUUCAGUGUUCUCCAGUCCUGGAGUGCCAUCAACCUGCAGACCUUCAUGACCCAGUUCCGGCAGUUCUACUCUGUGGUCCGAGUGCCCAUGAUUCACGAUGGCCAUGCAAGGAAAUGGUCCAGUCUGCAAUAUGAGGAGAGAGAGGUGAGGUUAAACCUGUGGGAGCAUGUGAAAAAGCUGAUGAUGCCGUUCCUGGAAGGAAAGAGUGGGGAGUCUCUGCCUGCCGACUGCCCUGUGAGGAGUAAGCAGAUAUUGGGCCUGAGCAUCCUUUGCAUGGUGGAAGCAGCUGACUUUACUGUACCCAAAAAGGACCUGGACUCGCUGUGCUAUCUCCUCAUUCCCAGUGCUGACUCACCAGAAGCCCUCCACAGGGACCUGAGCCCUGUCCUCAGCAUACGUCAAAGAUGGCAUGCAUACUUGAUAACCCUGUGCUUCAGGUGCAUAGAAGUGGGGUGUGAUCGCUGGCUGGGCAUCUUACCCCUCCUGCACUACUGCAUGCAGCAGUCUCCACCCAGGAAGAACUCCAAGAGCCAGACUGAGGACGUGUGGGCAGGCCUCGAAGGAAUCUCCUUCUCCGAGUUUCGUGACAAAGCAUCCGCCAGGAGCCAGGCUCUCCAGUUAAUGCAGAAUAGGAUGGCCCUGCUGCAUGUAGAUGAGUACCUUUUCCGCUCCUGGUUCAGCUUGGUCCCUCUUGAAAGCUUAUCUUCCUACUUGGAGAACUCCGAAGAAUACCUGAGUCACAUGCCCACUCGGGUCCUGGACUGCUUUCAAGGGAUUUCAUACCGCCUUCGAGGACUAGGGAAGAUCUCAAAACAAAACAUAGAGGAUGUCAAGAAAGUCUUUAAAAUUCUGAUGUACCUUGUGGACAUGUAUCAGGACAGGAUCUUUGAGGAGAGCCUGCCACAGAUCUACUUGACUGAGUGUGCAGACCUCCAUGAAACUGUCUGCAGCAUCACUGCUGACAGACAAUUCUACCAGACUCCUGCCCUGUCUGCUGAGCUUGUCUGUGCAGUGCUUCAGCUCAGUCCUCCAGAGCAUACUGAAGAGGGGCUGGUUGCAAAAUCUUAUGAAGACUUGGUGAGGACCACCUUCCAGGAGGCCCUGAACACCACGAGAAAGUGGCUGCGUACCGUGUUUAAAAGCCCCAUGCUCUCUAGAAACUUUGCCGCCGUCCAACUUUCCUAUCCCGAUGAGAUGGCGGUAUGGCGACGGUUGGUGGGGAUCAACUUCCCUGAGAAGUAUGGCUGGAAGGGGCCACUGCUAGGAGACAUGGAAGGGAGGCUCAAACAGGAGUCACCCCGUUUGCAGAUCUCCUUCUUCUGCAGCAGUCAUUGUUGUGAUGAGGGACCCCAUGACAGCGUGGCAAGGAGUAUCGAGAAGUGUGUCAUCGAAGCUGUGAGCUCUGUCUGCCAGUCUCAGACCAGUGUCCUUGAAGGGCUCUCCUGUCAAGAUUUGCAGAAAUUUGGUACCCUCUUGUCUGCUGUGAUAACCAAGUCAUGGCCUGUGCACAAUGGGGAGCUGGUGUCUGAUGUGGAUGAGAUCUUCAAAUACCUGCUCAAGUGGCCAGAUGUGAGGCAGCUCUUCAAACUGUGUGGAACCAAUGAAAACAUCACCAACCACAUCACGAAGGAAGGCAGGCGGCUGAUGGUCACUGCUGAGUCUGUGUUCCAGAAGGUUGCAGGGGAACUUGAAAAUGGCACCAUUGUGGUUGGACAGCUGGAGUUGAUCCUAAAGUACAAGAGUCAGUUUCUUGGUAUCUGGGACAUAAAUAGUCAGAGGCUGCAGUUCCAAGAGAAGGUCUAUGAUAUGAAGGGCUUGCUGGACAGGAGAAAGGACGAUCUGUUCUUCCUCAAGCGAGAGAAGAGAUACGUGGAGAGCCUCCUGACGCAGCUUGGGAGAGUGAAACACUUCGUGCAAGUGGAGCUUGGAAACAUCGAAAGGAUCCACUCUCAAGACCUCAGCAAUAAGAAACUAAAUGAAGCUGUGAUUAAGCCCCCCAAUUCCUCAUUCUCCAACAGGAAGACACAUUACUACCUGAGCCCUGAUAUCCUAGAAAUGGCAAGCAAGCUAGACUCUCUGAAAGACAGCCAUGUCUUCCAGGAUUUCUGGCAUGAGACAGCAGAGUUGCUGAGUAAUGAUACUCUGGAUCAGGACCGCAGAGAGUUGAAGCUUUCGCUUCCAGACGUCGUCGACCACCUGUACUACCCUUGUUAUGAGAAAUUCUACAAGCUCUACAUGAAUCUGAGAUCAGGAGAGAUCACCUUUGCUGAUGUUGAUGUCAUCUUCAGAGACUUUAAAGAUAAAUAUGACGAACUGAAUGUUGAUCUUAAAUUCAUGUGCACUCUGGACCCCCAGGACAGAAAAGGUUGGAUCUCACAGCGUGUUAGGCAGAUCAAAGAAUACCAUACCCUGUAUCAGGCUGUCAGCUCUGCCAAGGUCAUCGUGCAGGUCCGAAGAGCUUUGGGCGUGACCGGUGACUUCAGUGUUCUUAACCCGUUGUUAAACUUUGCAGAUGACUUUGAGGACUUUCGUAAUGAGAAACUGAACCAGAUCAGCCCACAGUUCAUCAAGGCCAAAGAGCUGCUCCAAGACAUCAGUGAGCUUCGCCACCGCUGCUUGGAGGAACUCGCCCUGCAGACGGAGCUUGUCCACUGGCUGCACGAGGCUCUGAAAGAUAUCAAUGAACUCAAGGUGUUUGUGGACCUGGCCUCCAUCUCUGCGGGAGAGAAUGACAUUGAUGUGGACCGCGUGGCCUGUUUCCACGAUGCUGUGCAAGGUUACGCUUCUCUCCUGUACAAGCUGGGUGCAAACACAGAUUUCAACGAGUUCAUGAACCAUCUGCAGGAACUCUGGAGGGCCCUGGACAAUGACCAGCACCUGCCAGAUAAGCUGAAAGACUCUGCCAGGAACCUGGAGUGGCUGAAGACAGUGAAGGAAAGCCAUGGGUCUGUGGAGCUCUCGUCUCUGUCCCUGGCCACAGCAAUCAACAGCAGGGGCAUCUACAUUAUCCAGGCCCCCAAAGAUGGCCAAAAGGUUUCCCCAGACACUGUUCUCCACCUCCUCCUCCCUGAUGACCAUGGUUACCAGGAGGCAUUUCGCAAAUACUCCACAGAGGAGCUAAAGGAGCUUUUAAACAAGCUGAUGCUAAUGUCUGGCAGGAAAGACCACAGCAGCAAUGUAGAAGUGGAGACAUUCUCCGAGGUCUUCAGCAACAUGCAGCGGCUUGUACAUGUCUUCAUAAACCUGCACUGUGCGGGCAACAUGCUGUUCAGGACUUGGACUGCUAAGGUCUACUGUUGCCCCGGUGGGGGCAUCUCCAUGGACUUUGGCUCAAAGCUGCUGAACCAGCUGACAGAGAGUGGAGAUGUCAUUCAGCUCCUGGGAGCACUCUGCAGGCAGAUGGAGGACUUCCUACACGAGUGGAAAACAGUGGUCGCCCAGAAGAGAGCUACACACUUUUACCUCAACUUGUACACAGCUGAGCAGCUGGUCUACCUAAGCAGCGAGCUCAGGAAGCCCAGACCUAGUGAGGCUGCCCUCAUGAUGCUGUCCUUCAUUAAAGGCAAAUGCACUGUCCAGGAGCUCAUACAAGCUACCAGUGCCUGUGAAAACAAGGCUGCCAGACACUGCCUGCAGGAGGCUAUGAGAAAGCUGCCUCAGCAGCUACUUUCUGAGUCCACCCUAAUGGGCAAGCUUCGGGUUAUUAUGACGCAAUCCCUAGAGUGCAUGAGUGCCUUCCUGCCGAGCUGUCUGGACCUAGAUACCCUGGGUAGAUGCCUGGCUCAUCUGGCCAGGCUGGGUGGCUCUCCUGUGGAGCGGCCACUCCCCAAAGGCCUGCAGGUUGGCCAGCCUAACCUGAUCUUGUGCGGCCACUCUGAGGUGUUGUCAGCUGCGCUGGCCAUAUACAUGCAGGACCCCAUGCAGCCCUUGCCGACCUUUGAUGAGGUGCUGCUCUGCACCCCAGGGACCACAAUCGAGGAGGUGGAACUAUUCCUGCGACGCUGCCUCACUUUGGACUCCCAGGAGCACAAGGUCUACAGCUUGCUGUUCGCAGAUCAGUUGAGCUAUGAAGUGGGCUGCCAGGCAGAGGAGCUCUUCCAGAGCCUGAGCACACAGGUGCACCGUGAAGACUACCAGUUGGUGAUACUCUGCGAUGCUGCCCGGGAGCACUGCUACAUUCCCUCCACCUUCAGCCAGCACAAAGUCCCCCUGGUGCCCCAGGCCCCACUGCCGGACAUCCAAGCCUACCUGGAGAACCAUUAUCAGGUCCCGAAGCAGAUCCAGUCAGCAGCAACUGUGUUCAGAGAUGGGCUGUGUGUGGGAAUCGUGACCUCUGAAAGAGCUGGCGUUGGAAAGUCUCUCUACGUGAACACGUUGCACAAAAAACUGAAGACGAAGCUACAGGAUGAGACGGUGCCUUUAAAAAUUAUUCGGUUGACAGAGCCUCACAUAGACGAGAACCACGUCCUGAGCGCCCUCCUGCCAUUCUUGGAGAAGAACUAUCAGAAGACGCCGGUCAUAUUCCACAUCGAUGUGAGCACUUCGGUUCAGACUGGAAUUCCCGUCUUCCUUUUCAAACUCCUCAUUCUGCAGUACCUAAUGGAUAUAAAUGGGAAAAUGUGGCGUCGGAAUCCGUGUCAUUUAUAUGUUGUUGAAAUCCCACAAGCCCACUCAGUACGGCCAAAGAGGUCUUCUAAACUGAAUGCACGUGCACCCCUUUUCAAAUUUCUUGAUAUCUUCCCCAAAGUCACCUGCCGUCCUCCCAAGGAGGUGAUAAACAUGGAGCUGACUCCCAAGAGGAGCCACAUAGAACCUGGGAUGGACCCAGCGGAGUUCUGCAGUGAAGCUUUCCAAAGACCUUACCAGUACUUAAGACGGUUCCAUCAGGGGCAGAACCUGGACGCAUUUCGGUAUGAAAAAGACUCUGUGGAAGGCUCUCCUGAGGAAUGCCUGCAGCACUUCCUGAUUUACUGUGGCCUGACAAACCCUUCCUGGUCGGAGCUUCGGAACUUUGCUUGGUUUCUGAACUGUCAGCUCAAAGACUGUGAGGCAUCUGUCUUCUGCAAUUCAGCUUUUACUGGAGACACACUUCGGGGCUUCAAGAACUUCGUGGUGACCUUCAUGGUCUUAAUGGCCAGGGAUUUUGCCACUCCGACUCUUCAGACUUCAGACCAAAGCCCAGGUAAGCACUCGGCCACCAUUGACGGAGUAGCUGAAGAAGACCUAGCUCCCUUCUCUCUUCGAAAGAGAUGGGAGUCAGAGCCCCAUCCAUAUGUUUUCUUCAACGGUGAUCGCAUGACCAUGACAUUCAUAGGUUUUCACUUGAAGACCAAUAGCAAUGGCUAUGUUGAUGCCAUCAAUCCCUCAAGUGGGAAUAUCAUCAAAAAGGACGUCAUGACCAAAGAACUGUUUGAUGGGCUGAAGCUUCAGAGAGUGCCCUUCAACAUCAACUUUGAUAGCUUGCCCAGACAUGAGAAGCUUGAAAGGCUCUGCCUGGCACUAGGUAUCGAGUGGCCUAGUGACCCCGAUGAAACAUAUGAACUUACCACGGACAAUAUGCUUAAGAUCCUGGCCAUUGAAAUGCGGUUCCGGUGUGGGAUCCCAGUUAUCAUCAUGGGAGAGACGGGCUGUGGGAAGACCAGACUCAUCAAAUUUCUUAGCGACCUCAGGCGUGGUAGCAUUGAGGCAGAAACUAUGAAGUUGGUGAAGGUUCAUGGAGGGACAACACCAUCCAUGAUCUACUCCAGGGUCAAGGAUGCUGAGAGAACAGCCUUCUUCAAUAAGGCCCAACACAACUUGGAGACCAUCUUGUUCUUUGACGAAGCCAACACAACAGAUGCUGUGAGCUGUAUCAAAGAGGUCUUGUGCGACCGGACAGUGGGUGGUGAGCACCUAAAUGAGGACUCUGGUCUGCAUGUCAUUGCUGCCUGCAACCCUUACCGGAAGCACUCCCAGGAGAUGAUCCACCGCCUGGAGUCAGCAGGUUUGGGAUAUAGAGUGGGUGCAGAGGAGACUGCAGACAGGCUGGGCUCCAUCCCCCUGCGGCAGCUGGUAUAUCGAGUCCACGCUCUGCCUCCAAGCCUCAUUCCUUUGGUAUGGGACUUUGGACAACUGAAUGACUCUGCAGAAAGGCUCUACAUCCAACAGAUCGUACAGAGACUGGUGGACUCUGUCACAGUGGAUCAAAGAGAGACUUUCGUGAUUGCCAACGUGCUCUCUGCCUCUCAGGAGUUCAUGAGGAAGAGAGAGAAUGAAUGUGGUUUCGUCAGCCUCCGGGAUGUGGAGCGCUGUGUGAAAGUUUUCCAGUGGUUUCACGACCACAGUAACAUGCUCUUAAACAAGCUGGCCGACUUUCUCCGUGAAUGCUGUGACAGCACGCCUGCUUUUGAGAGAGAUCCUGUUCUCUGGUCCCUGGUGAUGGCCAUUGGGGUAUGCUACCACGCCUCUUUAGAAGAGAAAGCACCCUACCGUGCAGCCAUUGCCCGGUGCCUUCCCAAACCAUACAACAGCCCCAAGGUCAUCCUCAAUGAGAUCACGCAUGUACAGGAUCUUUUUCUGAGGGAUGCACCCAUAAGGAGCAACAUAGCCAGGAACUUGGCUUUGAAGGAGAACGUCUUCAUGAUGGUAAUCUGCAUUGAGCUUAAGAUUCCACUUUUCCUAGUGGGGAAGCCCGGCAGCUCCAAAUCCCUGGCCAAGAUUAUUGUAGCAGACGCCAUGCAAGGGCAGGCUGCCUCCUCGGACCUCUUCCGCUGCCUGAAACAGGUCCAUCUGGUGUCAUUCCAGUGCAGCCCCCAUUCCACCCCGCAGGGCAUCAUCAGCACCUUUAAGCAGUGCGCUCGGUUCCAGCAGGGGAAGGACCUGCAGCAGUAUGUCUCCGUGGUGGUGCUGGAUGAGGUGGGGCUGGCUGAAGACUCACCCAAGAUGCCCCUCAAGACCCUGCACCCCCUGCUGGAAGACGGGUGCAUUGAAGAUGACCCUGCCCCGUACAAACAAGUCGGCUUCGUUGGCAUUUCCAACUGGGCUCUAGACCCUGCCAAGAUGAACCGAGGCAUUUUUGUGUCACGUGGCAGUCCCAAUGAGAAAGAGCUCAUAGAGAGCGCCGAGGGGAUCUGCUCUUCCGACAGGCUGGUUCAGGAUAGAAUCCGCGGGUAUUUUGCACCCUUUGCCAAGGCCUAUGAAACAGUGUGUCAGAAGCAAGAUAAGGAGUUCUUUGGGCUUCGUGACUAUUACAGCCUCAUCAAGAUGGUCUUUGCCAAAGCCAAAGCUUCUAAAAAGGGGCUCUCCCCCCGAGACAUCGCUCAUGCUGUCCUUCGGAACUUCAGUGGUAAAGAUGAUAUCCAGGCCCUGAGCAUCUUCACAGCCAGUCUUCCCGAGACCCUGUACAAGGAAGAAGUCAGUACUGUGGAGCUCAUCAAGCAGAACAUUCACCCUGACCUGCAGGGAUCCAGCAGGGGCCUGGACAGUGCUGACUCCCGUUACUUGCUUGUGCUGACCAGGAACUAUGUGGCCCUGCAGAUCCUACAGCAGACAUUCUUUGAGGGUCAGCAACCCGAGAUCAUUUUCGGCUCCAGCUUUCCCCAGGACCAGGAAUACACCCAGAUCUGCAGGAACAUUAACCGGGUGAAGGUAUGCAUGGAGACAGGGAAGAUGGUAGUGUUGCUGAACCUGCAGAAUCUCUAUGAGAGCCUGUAUGAUGCUCUCAACCAGUACUAUGUCUACCUUGGGGGCCAGAAGUACGUGGACCUUGGACUAGGUACCCACCGAGUCAAGUGUCGAGUCCACACUGAUUUCCGCCUCAUCGUCAUCGAGGAGAAAGAUGUGGUGUACAAGCAGUUCCCUGUGCCCCUCAUCAACCGUCUGGAGAAGCACUACCUGGACAUGAACACUGUGCUGCAGGGGUGGCAGAAGGGCAUCGUGCAGGAGCUGCAGCGGUGGGCACACGAGUUUGCAGAUGUGAAAGCAGACCAGUUCAUUGCCAGACACAAGUACAGUCCUGCAGAUGUCUUCAUCGGCUACCAUUCCCAUGCCUGUGCCUCUGUGGUGCUGCAGGCUGUAGAGAGGCAGGGCUGCAGGAAUCUCACAGAGGAGCUGUACCGAAAGGUGUUUGAAGAGGCCAAGUUCAUCCUGCUGGAUUGUGCAACACCAGACGCUGUGGUCAGGCUGAGUGGUUCCUCUUUAGGCUCAUUCGCUGCAAAUCGGCUGUCACAGGAGUAUUACUACAAACAGCAGCACAACUCUUUUGUAGACUUCCUCCUGGCCCACUUGCGCAUGGACCAUCAUGAAUGCUGGGCUGUCUUCACAGAGAUCACCACUUUCUCCAGACUGCUGACCAGUCAUGACUGUGAUGUCCUAGAGUCUGAGCUGAGAGGACUGGCCCCAAAGCCUAUUGUGCUGUCACUACAGCAGUUUGACACUGAAUAUUCGUUCCUUAAGGAUGUCCGCUCCUGCUUAAGGAACCCAGCCAGGCGUAAGAUCCUUGUCAUCCAGACAGACUUUGACGAUGGCAUCCAUAGUGCGCAGCUCGUAGCCUCUGCCAAGUAUUCUGCCAUCAAUGAAAUCAACAAAACACAGGGAACAGAGGACUUCGUCUUCGUUUAUUUUGUCACAAAACUGUCUCGAAUGGGAAGUGGUACACCAUACGUGGGGUUCCAUGGAGGGCUAUGGAGGUCUGUACAUAUUGAUGACCUCCGCAGAUCGACAGUCAUGGCCUCAGAUGUCACCAAACUGCAGAAUGUCACCAUCAGCCAGCUGUUUGAGCCAGUGGACAAACCUGAGCCAGAGGAUGACCCAGAGGAGGAGAUGGAGACAGAGUCCAGCAAGUCGGGGGAAGUGGCAGAGGAACAAAUGGAAGUGGAAGAAGAAGGUUCGGAGGAGAUGAAGAGGGCCUGUGACCUGAGAGGCUGUGAUGUCCUGGACACCACCAGACUGGUGCGGAGCUGCGUGCAGGGCGCCGUGGGGAUGCUCAGAGACCAGAGUGAGAGCUGUGCACGCAACAUGAGGAGAGUCACCAUUCUUCUUGACCUCUUAAAUGAAGAGAGCACACUCAAUGCUUCUUUUUUGCGGGAAUCUAAGAUGCGCCUCCAUGUUCUUCUAAACAAGCAAGAAGAGAACCAGGUCCGAAGUCUAAAGGAAUGGGUCACCAGGGAGGCUGCCAAUCAGGAUGCCCUGCAGGAGGCAGGCACCUUCAGGCACACCCUUUGGAAGCGGGUCCAAGAUGUGGUCACCCCCAUCCUGGCAAGCAUGAUAUCUCACAUCGACAGAGAUGGCAACCUGGAGCUUCUGGCCCGGCCAGGUUCACCGGCCUGGGCUCAAGAUCUUUGGAUGUUUAUUUACAGUGAUAUUAAGUUCCUGAACAUCCCUCUUGCGCUGAAUAACACAAGGUCCAACAGUGAGAUGCCCUUCAUCCUGGUGCAGAGCCACAUGAACCUGCUCAAGGAUGCCUGCAAUGCUGUCCCCUUCAGCUGGAGAAUCAGGGACUACCUGGAGGAGCUCUGGGUGCAGGCUCAGUAUAUCACAGACACAGAGGGAUUAUCAAAAAAGUUUGUGGAAAUCUUCCAGAAAACUCCCUUGGGCCUGUAUCUUGCUCAGUUCCCCACGGCACAGCAGCAGGAACUCCUGCAGAGCUACUUGAAGGACUUCCUGCUCUUGACCAUGAAAGUGUCUUCACGGGAGGAGUUAAUGUUUCUGCAGAUGGCCCUGAGGUCCUGCCUCAGUGAGCUCCAAGUGGCUUCAGGAACACCUGAAGAGGGACUCUCCUUGCCCUGGGUGCACCUUGCCUAUCAGCACUUCAGGACCCGGCUCCAGAACUUCUCCAGAAUUCUGACCAUCCACCCCCAGGUUCUGAGCAGCCUCAGUCAAGCAGCAGAGAAGCACAACUUGGCUGGGUGUGAAAUGACACUCGAUGCAUUUGCAGCAAUGGCCUGUGCUGAAAUACUGAAGGGAGACAUCCUGAAGCCAAGCCCCAGGGUUUGGUUACAGCUCGUAAAGAAUCUGUCCAUGCCCCUGGAGCUUGUCUGUUCAGAAGGGUACUUACAAGACAGUGGGAGCAUGACCAGAGCUAUCAUCCAGGAGGUCAGAGCCCUGUGGAACCGCAUCUUCUCCAUUGCCCUCUUUGUGGAGCACGUUCUUCUGGGCACUGAGAGCCAGAUUCCUGAGCUGAGUCCACUGGUAACCAAGUAUGUCUCCUUACUAGACAAAUGUCUUGAAGAGGAUUCUAACCUCAAGACCUACAGGCCAUUUGCGGCUGUAAUGACCACACUCUGUAACUGCAAGGACAAAGCCAGCAAGAAGUUCUGCAGGUUUGGUAUCCAGCCCUGUUCAAUCUGCCAGGGAGAUGCACAGGACCCUGUAUGUCUGCCCUGUGAUCAUGUGUAUUGUCUACCUUGCAUUCAAACCUGGCUCGCCCCAGGACAAAUGAUAUGCCCCUACUGCAAAACUGAGUUGCCAGACAAGUUCUCGCCAACUGUUUCCCAGAACCACAGGAAAGCCAUUGAGAAGCACGCCCAGUUCCGGCAUAUGUGCAACAGCUUCUUUGUGGACCUGGUCUCUACCAUGUGCUUCAAGGAUAACAUUCCCCCUCAGAAGAGUGUGAUUGACACCCUGCUGUCCUUACUCUUCGUACAAAAGGAGCUGCUGAGAGAUGCUUCCCAAAGACACCGUGAACACACAAAGUCUCUGUCUCCAUUUGAUGAUGUUGUUGACAAGACUCCUGUCAUCCGCUCUGUGGUGUUAAAACUGCUUCUUAAGUACAGCUUCCAUGAAGUAAAGGGUUACAUCCAGAACUACCUGAGCCAGUUAGAGAACAAAGCCUUCCUAACAGAAGACAAAACAGAGCUGUACCUGCUCUUUAUCAACUGCCUGGAGGACUCAGUAUAUCAGAAGACAAGUGCUGGCUGCAGAAAUCAUGAACGGGUUCUCAGAGAGGAAGGCCAUUUCCUUAGGACAUAUUCCCCAGGACUGCGAGGCUCAGAGCCUGUCCGCACUGCUUCAGUGGAGUACCUGCAGGAAAUGGCCAGAGUCCGCCUGUGCCUUGACUUGGCUGCUGACUUCCUCUCAGAGCUUCAGGAAGGCUCAGAACUGGCUGAAGAUAAGCGGUGCUUCCUGAAGCAUGUUGAGCAGUUCUGCACACGUGUCAACAAUGAUUGGCACAGGGUGUACCUGGUGAGGAAACUCUCAAGUCAGCGUGGGAUGGAAUUCGUGCAGAGCUUCUCCAGGCAGGGCCAUCCAUACCAAUGGGUGUUUCCCAGGGAAGUCCUUGCACAGCAGAAGGACCACCUAAGUCAGCUGGACCGAUACCUAGUCCAUGGUGAUGAAUACAAGGCUGUUCGUGAUGCAAUGGCCAAAGCUGUGCUCGACUGCAAGACCCUAGACGUUGGGAAUGCUCUGUCGACCUGCAGAAGCCCCAAAGACCAGCAGACAGCCUACUUAUUGUUGGCCUUGUACACAGAAGUGACUGCUUUGUACCGUUCCCGCAAUGGCAGCCUCCAUCCAGACUCAAAGCAAUUGGAGGCUAUGAACAAAUUCAUUAAUGAAAGCAAGAUCCUCUCUGCUCCUAAGAUCAACCGCUUUGCAAAAUCGCUAGUGGCUAAUACUCUGCCCCUGCUGCAGACCAGGUCUGCUAACGGCAGCCUGCGAGUAACAGUGACUGAAAUGGCCAUCCAUGUGGCAACCAUACUCCUCUGUGGACAAGACAAAGUCUUGGAACCCCUGAGGAACUUGGCCUUCUAUCCCUUCAAAAUGGUGAAUGCUUUUCUUCCAACUAUGCCUGAAGACCUGCUGGUUCAUGCCAAGUUUUGGGAGGGCCUGACAAAUGUCCGCUGGUACACUUGUCCCAACGGCCAUCCAUGCUCUGUAGGAGAGUGUGGCCAGCCAAUGGAAAUGAGCAUCUGUCCGGACUGUCGUGUUCCAAUCGGAGGCCUCAAUCACAAGCCGAGUGUGGGCUUUGAUGUUAUCAGAAACAAUGAGGAUAGAACGCAGACUGGCCAUGUGUUGGGGAAUCCACAGUCCAGCGGGACAGCAGAAGCAUCUGACCGAGGGCAGUCCCCGGUGGUCUUUAUUCUCACCCGGCUACUCACUCAUCUGGCUAUGCUUGUGGGCGCCGCCCAGACUCCUCAGGCCCUGAUGAAUAUCAUUAAGCCUCCGGUCCAGGACCCACAAGGCUUCCUAGAGCAGCACAUCCAGAGAGACCUGGAACAGCUAACCAAGAUACUGGGCAAAAGUGCAGACGAGACCACCCAUGUGGUGCACCUCAUCCUCAGCAGCCUGCUCAAGGAGCAGCACCAGAUGACAUUGAAUUUUACUGAAGUAUUAUCAACCAAAGGAUGCAGAAACAACUGGGAGAAGCAUUUUGGAACUCUUCUUCUACGUGAACUGAAGCAUCUUGACAAAACCUUGCCAGCUAUAAACGCUCGUAUCAGCCAAGAUGAGCGCAUCAGUUCCAACCCUGUGACCAAAAUCAUAUAUGGGGACCCAGCAACCUUCCUGCCCCACUUGCCCCAAAAAAGUGUAGUUCAUUGCUCGAAGAUCUGGAGCUGCAGGACGAAGAUUACAGUGGAGUACCUGCAGCACAUCGUGGAACAGAAAAAUGGCAAAGAAACUGUGCCUCUCCUCUGGCACUUCCUCCAGAAGGAAGCAGAACUAAGGCUGGUGAAAUUCUUGCCUGAGAUCUUGGCCCUGCAAAGAGACCUAGUCAAACAGUUCCAGAAUGUCUCGGAAGUUGAAUUCAGUUCCAUCAGAAGCUUUAUCCACAGUCACCAUUCAGAUGGGCUGCAAAAGCUGUUACAUGAUCGAAUCACUGUCUUUCUGUCCACGUGGAAUGCACUGAGGCGGUCUCUGGAGACCAACGGUGAGAUCAAGCUACCAAAAGAUUACUGCCGUUCUGACUUGGAUCUGGAUGCUAAAUUUGAGGUCAUCCUUCCACGGCGACGGGGCUUAGGCCUCUGUGGAACUGCUUUAGUCAGCUACUUGAUUAGCCUACACAAUAAAAUGGUCUACGUGGUGCAAAAGCUCUCCAAUGAAGACAACAGCUACUCUGUAGAUACCUCUGAGGUUGCUGACCUGCAUGUCAUCAGUUAUGAUGUGGAGCGGGACCUGAAUCCACUGAUCCUUUCCAACUGCCAGUACCAAGUGCAGCAAGGUGGGGAAACCUCACAAGAGUUUGAUCUAGAGAAGAUCCAGCGGCAGAUCAGCAGCCGCUUCCUCCAGGGCAAGCCUAGGCUCACCCUCAAGGGAAUACCCACCCUGGUGUACAGACGGGACUGGAACUAUGAGCAUCUCUUCAUGGACAUCAAGAACAAAAUGACACAGAACCCACUCCCUAACUCAGCCAUCAAUGCCAUCAGUGGACAGCUACAGUCCUAUAGUGAUGCCUGUGAAGCUCUGUCUAUUGUAGAAGUCACUCUGGGUUUCCUGAGCACAGCUGGUGGGGAUCCUAGCAUGGAGUUGAAUGUGUACAUCCAAGAAGUUCUACAGAUGUGUGAUCAGACAUCUCAGGUCUUAAAGGCCUUAAAUAGAUGUCAGCUGAGACACAUCAUUGCCCUCUGGCAGUUCCUAUCUGCACAUAAGUCAGAACGGCGGCUUCGACUGAAGAAAGAGCUAUUUCAGGAAGUUGAUGUGAAAUACAAAGAGGACCUCAGUCCACGGCACGCAAGACUCCUCAGCACAUUCCUGAAUGAGGCAGGCCUAGACAGCUUCCUCCUGGAGCUCCAUGAGAUGAUUGUGCUCAAACUCAGGGGUGCCCAGGCUGAGAGCAGCUUCAACCCCAGUUGGAGCCUCAAGGAUACUCUAGUAAGUUACAUGGAGACUAAAGACAGUGACGUCCUUACAGAAGUGGAGUCCCAGUUCCCAGAUGAAAUACUCAUGUCCAGCUGCGUCUCAGUGUGGAAAACAGCUGCCACAAGAAAGUGGGACAGGCAGUCAAGGUAGAGCAGUUCGGCCUUCAAACCCAGCUGGAAAGAACGGUCUUCCCCACCUGCCUCCACAGCUCCCAGUAUGGACUGUGGCCUUUGUGUGAAGGAAAGUGUGGGUACAGACUGGAUUCAAGGCCACACGAACUGUACAAUGCGACAGCUCUUUGAAAGACAAGCUGUUUCUGGAACAUGUGCCUAUUCCAGAACUUAAGUGUGACUGUUAAUCAGCUGCCUCCUGAACAUUCCAGAAGAAAGGAGAACUGCAGUAAGGCCACACCCAAUACUGAUCCUCCUGAAGAUUGCCAACCUCUUACCUCAUAUACCAUGGCUACCACUUUACUGCACAGAGAGAAAAAACUCAGGAUAGUCAAUUUUUUAUUCUAUUACUUAUGUAUAAAAGAAUCUGUUUAUUCUUUCUUCCAAUUCCUUAAUUUCUAAGUAGUGUACACAUAUCUCUUGGUUUGCAAGAUAUAUGGAAAUUGCCACACUAACCCAAGGAAAUCCAAGGUGCUGAUAAAAACUAUGAGGCCUCAUGAACAAGAUCUAAUGUAAACCCACCAUGAGUCACUGCCAAAUACUCACUGAGAACACUGGACAGAGAGUGAAGGAGGAGGAGUGCAUUGGCGAGUUGGAACUAGAGGUGGGUGAUAGAGUACUUGCCUACCAUAUGUAAAGCCCUGGGUUCUCUCCCCAGCACUGCAAGUGGGAGACAAACAAACAAUAAAACAGUCGACUGAAGCCAAAUCUCACGUCUUGAGAUUCCUAAUGAGGAUGUGUUAGUGUAAGCUCUAAUCAGAGGUAUUUGGGAACUGCGUACGUAGCUCAGGCUGAGCCCCUGUCUAGCAUCUGUGGUUCCUAGCACUGUUGAAAAGGAAAGGUACUGGGGAGUACUGAGGAGAGUUGCUGAUCGUAUAGCUGUCUAAUAAGCAGGCAAUGUGAUCUUACCUUCCUUGAGCACACAAUUAUCUGGCCCUUUGAGUCUCGGCCAAGGCUGAGACCAAACCAGUUAAAGAGAAAGCAGAAAAAGACCCUCCCCACAACCCCACACUCCUUCUGCCCAUCUCACUGUAAUCACCUUUGGUUCCCUCCAUCCCCCUGGACUAACCCUAUUCCUGGCAACUCUCCACCAUCCGCAGUGGUGUAAGAACACAGUGUUUACAGGUUGGAAGUUGUUUCCUUCACAGACUCAAUAAACUUGAACUCUAGGCCCACGUACUUUGAGCAUCCAUGGACUCAGCCCUAUCAGCAGGAGGUGCAUCUGGAACCAUGCUGACAUUGUCUUCAAGCUUGGUGUGGGGACCAGACCCUGGCAGUAGCUCAUUUCAGCUCUGCACUUAGAGCAGUGGUGAUCUUUUCUUCUAAACUAUGAGAGUACCUGUCCUCAGAUGUCUGCAUCCCAGGUUUUUUGGGUACAGGGCUUAAAGAACUUGCCAACUUGGCCUUGGAAUCCCUGUGUUUUGAUGAAACAGGACAGCUUAGCCCCAAACUUCUUGCUGUAAGGCCCUUUUGGCUUUGAACUAAGCAUUUUUUCUGUCAUGAAGAAUUUUAUUAAGAUGUUUUAUUUUGUAUGCUAUGCUUUUAAAGUCAUCACUGUCUGUGUAGUAGAACCCACCGUGUCUGUACAAAUGCAUGGAUCUAACACUGGCAAAGCACACUGCAUUGUGUUUGCCACACCCACUUUAAUAAACUUGAACAUCACA